AUGCAGGGUCGAAAUAUGACGGCUCAUGACCGGCAUCCUUCGGCGUCAAAGGCAAAGCCGCAGCCAAGAGUCAACAAAAGCCCGAGAAGAGCGACAAGAGCAUGCGACGACUGCCGCCGUCUUAAAGAAAAAUGCAUCGGCACCGUCCCCUGCGACAGAUGCAAGAAAUCAGGCCGCUCAUGUCAGUUCAGCAAUAGCUUCAGGAGAACUCGCGUUUCUCGUGCGGCAUCUACGAGCAAGACUUGCCCUGGAAACCGUGCUGCCGCCGCUGCCGAUUCAUCUGCCUUUUUCGAGAUUGAGAGGAUCCAGGCCCUUGAGCAGAUUGCCCGGUACUAUACGAGUUUGGAGCAGUGCAGCUUGGAGAAUUUGAAGGAGGUUAUUGGGAACUUUGCCCAGGAUGAAGGAGGGUUAGUAGAUGUUGAGGUUGAUGAUGGGAGUAGUGAUGGGAGGGAGGAUGCUAUGGAUGCUCUGACUCCGGCUUCGAGCGUACAUGCAGAAUUCUCACAUUCUGACUUUUCCCGUCGAGUACAGCAAAAAGUCAGGGAUGAACUCGACGAUCCCAACUACGAGUGUCCAAGCCCAGAAACCGCAGUAGAAGAAUCAAAUCCUUCUACCCACCUCCUAUCCAGAGACGCCGUCGUCCUAGAAGCCGUCUCGCUCUUCCCGCCCGCCCACUCGGCCCUCAUCCUGCUCAACGUGUUUUUUGAAUUUGCUCAGACAAACUACUUUUACGUCGAUGAAGAAACUCUACGGCAGAGGCUGGACCAGUUUUACUCUUCAUCUGCACGGGUGGGUAUAAACGACGCUCCCUGGGUGUGCACCGCUCUCAUGGUGUUUGCCCUCGGGAUGCAGUUUGCCCACCUGUAUCAGCCAUCGUCGAGGAGUUCUUGUGGGGGUCUCAUGAGGGAGGCUUACAGCGUUUGUCAGACAAUGGAUGAUGCGCUCGCGUUGACGUUUUACCGCAAGGCGUCCAACAUGAUUCCCGACAUUCUUGCCAUGGCUUCGCUCGAGAGCAUACAGGCUUUUCUUCUUUUGGGCAUCUAUGUGCUGCCCGUGGAUCCUGCUGGCUUGUCCUGCACAUACUUCGGAAUCGCUAUUAAAGUUGCUACGCAGAGUAAUAUGCAUCAUAAGAGCGGCGAUGAACUGUCCGCACGGGAGGCUGAGUUGAGGAAGAGAGUUUGGUGGACAGCAUACACACUGGAAAGACGGAUCUGCAUUCUUCAUGGAAAGCCAGUUUCGAUCUCAAGGCUCGACAUCGACGCCAACCUACCGACUGACUUGACGGAGCUGCAGCCCAAGGAGAGAGUCAACCCUUUUCAAAACAAUCUUGCCAUGUUGAAGUUGACGAUUUUCAUGGAGGAUGCGCGAGACGGAAUACUGGCUUUGAAAAACAGCGACAAGACGCAACGAGUCAAGGCCUUCCAAAACAUAAUCAAGGUCAAGGAGAGACUGCAGAAUUACUGGCACAGUCUCCCCGACGAAACCUACUGCCGCGACCUCACCUCUGGAAGUCCCCUAUUCCGGUCCAACAUCCACCUCGCCCUCUCUUACCACCUCGUCCACAUCUCCAUCGGUCGGUCCUUCAUCUUUGAUGAGUCGAAUAUCAAAACAAAGGACGCAGAGUGGCUUGGGUUGCGCAAGGAGCUGGUUGAUGACUGUGUUGCUAGUGCUGUUGCUGUCAUUGACCUUUGCCAGAUUCUUCAGGACAGGGGAAGUCUUUCCAAGUCGUCAUACACAGAGUUUAGCUCAUGCUGCGCUGCUGUCCUGGCCCUGGUAGCCAAGGCCGUGUCCGACAAGAGCGGCCAGCUACAGGACGCCAGCAAGAGGGGAAUGGAACUCCUGAGAAACAUGUCCACGGGAGUCUUUUCAACAAGCUGCGAGAAGCGCGCCGUCGAAGGUCUCGAGGCAGCGUUUAACAGGUUGAAUCACAAAGAGGACGAGCCCGCCAAGUGUGACGAGGCUGGAUACAUGCAGUUUCGGAACUGGGUCGCCAUGCAGCAGAUUCUUCCCGGAGAAGCACUUCAACUGCCGAAGCAGGAUAAUCCCAUGAUGAAUCUGUUCGGAGCGUCGUCGGCUGGUAGUCAAUACUCAGCCAAGACGAAUGGCUGUGCGCUGCCUGGAUAUGCAGAGUUGAGUUCUCUGCCGGAUCUUGGGGAGUGGUUUGAUCAUGGGUUUGGACAGGGCGUUUGA